UUUGUCCCCAGCACCUGGUGUCUUCUAAGGCCGGCAGCAUUGAGUUCCAGAGCUCUGGGCCGUCAUUCCGAAGUGGAAGGUUUGCAAACACAAAGGUCACAGGAAGGCGGCCGCGCGAAGGGCAGGAGAACAUGACCGUCCCGGGGCCAAGGCGGAGUGAGCAGCUGCUGUUCCUGGGCCUCAUGGCCGUCGCGGCGGUGGCCAUCUCCCUGCUGUUCUACGCUCUGCUCUGGAAGGCCGGCAACCUCGCGGACUGGCCCAACCUCAGAAUCGGCUUCUACAACUUCUGCCUGUGGGACGAGGGCACGGGCUCCCUGCGGUGCCACCAGUUCCCUGAGCUGGAGGCCCUGGGCGUGCCGCGGGUGGGCCUGGCCCUGGCCAGGCUGGGUGUGUACGGGGCCCUGGUCCUCGCGCUCUUUGUCCCCCUGCCUCUCUUCCUGGCCCGGUGCAACGGCAGCAAGGGAGAGUGGCAGCUGGCGGUGGGCUUCCUGGCCAUGUCCUCUCUGCUGCUGGCCAGUGGCCUGGGCCUCUUCCUCACCUACACCUGGAAGUGGCUCAGGCUCUCCCUCCUGGGGCCUGGGUUUUUAGCUCUGGGCACUGCCCUGGCCUUACUUGUCCUCUUGCUUAUGGCCACGGUCAUGUUCCCUCAGAGGGCGGAGGACAAGAGCAAGCUGGACAGCUUCUAGUUCUAUCUAAAGGCUUGUAUGAUUGCAAGAGUUCAGUUUGAACCAUGCUCAGAGAAGGUGCCAGAAAACUGAAGGGCUAGUGUGUCUUCUCAGCCUGUUUCAUGGGGAAAGCUGAUCUCAAGCCCUAGCAGAUGGGCCCCACCCCAGAGAAAGGGGGGUACCCAGUGUCCAGAGGCCAGGAGGCAGCAAUGGUGGGACAACCUUUGUGCAGGGUUGUCCUUCCUGUGGGGCUUCUGAGGUUCCCAAGGACACCCCCAGACCACGUAGCUCCUUGUCCAGAGAACUCCUGCUCUAAGACACUGAUCUGAGCAAGCCAUUCGUACCUUGUCCUCAGGAGAACGGGGAGAGAAUUGCCCUCAUGAGGCCUGAUUGCCAGGGUAAUUGGCCAGAUAUCAGACUAGAACCCAGGAAAGGUUUAUGUCAACAAACGGGGAACAUUAUGAGAGAGAGAGCGUGCCUCAGUGUCCCGUGGGGCCCUGGUUAGCAAGCUCCGGGGUGUGACGUGUGGAGCCCUUCUCCCAAUACCACUCCCAAAGGCCCAGGAGGGACCCCUUGAGGGAUUCACCACAGACAGAACCCGUGGGCACAAACAGAAGCCUCGGAGGCUUUGAGGGCUCUCCUGGAAAGGCUCCUGGACCUGCGGCCAGAUGCCACGGGGUGGCAGCGGGAAAUCAUUCCUCGCACGUGCCCUGGGAGUCGGGAACAGAACGCGCCAGAUCCCAGGGCAGGAGAGGAAGGCGCACAGAGCUGCACCCCGGACGUACAGAGGCUGCACCUCCCUCUUCACUCCUCCACCCGAACUGCACAAAGGAUAAAAGCACAACCUUCGCCUUGGGGGACUGUAUUUCUCCGCAUCUGCACAUCAGAAAACCCGGACAGCAAACGACAGCCCCAUUCCACGCCUGUCCGGAGCCACCCUGAACAGAGACAGAAAUGCUGACUCCGGCGGGAUCUGGUCCGCCGUCUCCUGAGGACUCCCUGGCCACUCUUGCUUCACAACUGCCCCGGGGCCGAGG